AGCACACGCAGGUGAAAGGUGAUACUAAACAUAUUCAAUACAAGUGGGUCCCUCAAGUUGUUUGUCCAGCUCCACAAGUAAAUAGAAGCGGCAAGACGAAAAUAAUGACUGCAUCUGGUCGAUGAUCGAUAUGAAAGUAGCUGGAAGGUCUUCAACCUUGAACAUUAACUUGAAUCACUUUCACAGGUUUCUACUACUGCUUCAUUGCUAGGAUCUCUGCUAACUACUUGCCCUCUUUGCCCACUUGCGCUCUUCAGAUCCAUCCUCUCUGUGUUCCUGACAGCCCUCGUGUAACUUGAUUGUGGUAUCAUAGCAAUGAUAGCAUGGUAGACGACGUGGAAGAAUGUCGAGCGGCCUUGAAGAGAUGUCCCCCCGGCCAUUCUCUUCGAUCACAGUCUCUCAAUGAUCUCGCCAACAGCCUUGGGGACAGAUUCACGCAGCGGGGCGUCCCGUCUGACCUUGAUGAGUCCAUUGAGCUCCAUCGGGCUGCACUACUUCUUCGUCCCCCCGGUCAUUCUGAUCGAUCGUGGUCUCUCCACAAUCUCGCCAACAGCCUUGGGGACAGAUUCACGCAGCGGGGCGUCCCGUCUGACCUUGAUGAGUCCAUUGAACUCCAUCGGGCUGCACUACUCCUUCGUCCCCCCGGUCAUUCUGAUCGAUGGUACUCUCUCAACAAUCUCGCCAACAACCUUCGAGACAGAUUCACGCAGCGGGGCGUCCCGUCGGACCUUGAUGAGUGCAUCAAGCUCCAUCGCGCUGCAUUACUCCUUCGUCCCCCUGGUCAUUCUCUUCGACCAUACACUCUCAACAAUCUCGCCAUCAGCCUUCGAGACAGAUUCACGCAGCGGGGCGUCCCGUCUGACCUUGAUGAAACAUUUAUCCUGUUCUUGCAACUCCCUCACAUAUCUCACGCAGUCUCCCGUAGGGAUCUUACUGCUGCCAAGUCAUGGGCUACUGCUGCUGAAGAGACAAACCAUAGUUCUGCGUUAGUUGCAUAUCAUACUGCAUUGAAAUUCCUAGAUCAGCAUGUCACUCUUUUGUCGUCUUCGUCACGUCAUUUUGAUGUCGUGAGGAUGGCCACGGCUUCGCUUGCUGUGGACGCUUUCUCGCGCAGCGUUCGUCAUGGUGCGCUGAAAACUGCUGUGGAACUGGUGGAGCAAGGCCGUGCAGUAUUCUGGACCCAGUUGGCACGUUUAAGCUCGCCAUUCGAUGGACUUUCCCUGCCCGGUGACACCGGCGGAGCCUUGGCGGAAGAGUUCAAGCAGCUGAGCUUUCGCCUUCGUACGGCAUUUGAUCAGUCUACUGAAGACCAGUCCCCACAAAUCCGACAACUAACCAUCCAAUGGAACGAUGUCGUCUCCCGCAUCCGCAUGCUCCCCGACUUGUCUCGGUUUCUCCUGCCCCCCUUGUUCUCCGACCUACAGAAGGCCGCCGAAGAAGGUCCUGUCAUCAUCGUCAAUGCUAGUCAGUACAGCUGCGAUGCCUUGAUUGUCCUAAGUGACCAAAAUCCUGUCCACGUUCCAAUUCAUGUCACGCGGUCCGAAGUCUCCGAGUUGUCCUCCGAUUUUCAGUCCAUCGCAGAGCAAUUUGGUUGUAGCGAUCAUCAGAACAAGCUUGUGGGCAUCCUCCGCAAGCUUUGGCAUGAUAUCGUUGAUCCCGUGGUUCAAGCCCUCAAGAUGUCGAAUGUUCACCCUGGCUCACGUAUCUGGUGGUGUCCCACCGCUGAAUUCACUUUGCUUCCUCUGCAUGCAGCAGGACCCUACGAGAGGGAGAGAGACAACUUGUCACAGAUUUACAUAUCCUCUUAUGCCCCCACUUUGGCAACACUCGUUCGUGCGAGACAGCGUGUUUCUCGAUAUGCAUCUACUCAAAAUUUUGUUGCGAUUGGUCAAGGGAACCCGGACGGAGGGAAGGAACUGCGAUGCCGUCUCAUACCUAUCAUGUUGUCCUUUACGUCGCUCGAGGACAACGCUGCAACAGUGCAGGGUGUUUUCGAUGCACUAAAUGAUAACCAGUGGCUUCACCUGGCCUGCCACGGAAUGCCAAAUCGACAACAACCAUUUGAAUCUUCCUUCGCAAUGCGUGAUGGGCCGUUGAUGAUCAAGGACAUCGUCCGGUCCAACUGGCAGAACCCAGAGUUUGCAUUCUUGUCGGCUUGCCACACUACCGUGGGCGAUGAGAGGAGUCCCGACGAGUCGAUCCAUCUCGCUGCAGCUAUGCAAUUCUCCGGAUUUCGCAGUGUGAUUGGUUCUAUGUGGUCCGUCGACGACGAGGUUGCACGGCAAGUCGUGUCUGCUUUCUAUGACAAGUUGGUGGAUGAUUCAGGAAGAUUGGACUGCACGCGGGCUGCGGUGGCGUUGCACAAGGCUGUGAAGAAAUUGCGGCACAAUAAUAUUCCACUGGAACAGCAGAUCGUGUUUGUUCACAUAGGUGUCUAGCUAGUUUGAGGUUCGUUCUCUAUAUUACUGCAUUUUCUGUGACUCCAAUUGCUUUCAUUCCCCCGCUGUCCUACACAAUCUCAGUCAUUUAUAUCAUGUCUACACGAUAUUUUUGUUGUUUCUUUCCCAUGCAUUGUUGUACGUCAAUCACGCCUUACCUUACAAGCCUGCUAUACUGUUACUUGCUCUUACACAUUGCUUUCUGCAUGCAAAUGUCUCACAUACUUCAGUCAUUUUCCUAUGUAGAACCAGUGCCCCGGAUGUGCCAACCACGCCGCUAAACACAUUCUUGGAUGCCCCCAUUGAGGUUUUUCAUCUGUGCGUUUUCGGAGAUGUGGCUUGUGAUUGACAAGCUUUGUGUGGCACAUAAAUUUGAACUCGAGAUAGUUGCGGCUGUCAUCAGCUUUCAAGCGACGUUGUAAGAAUAUUGUGAAGUGAUCAUAUGCCGAGCUUUAGAUGUAG